GGUGCGUAUUUGAUUUAAAUCAUUUGAAGUUGAUUUUGGGGAUAUAGUUUCGUACGAAAAUUAGGGUUACGUUUCCUGCUUUCGACCUUUUUGGUGAAAUUAGUUGGCCUUACUUCAAUUUUUCUAGUUUUUGGCUUUUCCGGCGAACUUUAUUGCUUUCAAAAGGUAGUUUUCAGUUAUUGAACAUGUAGAGCAGAUCUGUAUACUGAGUUUCUGUUGAUUUAUGUGUUUUAUCUUUCUUCCAAUUGAUAUUUGUUCAAUGAGUUGUAAAAGUAUUUUCUGUGUGAAGUGUCUUAGGUUGCUGUGACAUAAUUUUGUUUUCUGUUUUGGUAAUCGUGAUGGGUGAUGUUCUAGUUUCAAGCAAAGAGGAAGUUGAUUCCUCUGAUAUUUCCAGCGUGAAGCCAGUUGACUUGAAUGAUUUCUUUGAUGGAGAUGGCAAGAUUUAUGGUUACCAAGGUUUGAAGAUAAAUGUAUGGAUCAAUAGCAUCUCAUUACAUUCAUAUGCUGAUAUCACAUACCAGAGCACCAUUAACGGAGACAAAGGCAUCACGGACCUCAAAUCUGCUUUACAGAACAUAUUUGCUGAGACCAUUGUUGAUACCAAGGAUGAGUUUCUGCAAACCUUUUCGACACAGAGAGAUUUUAUCAGAAAUAUGGUCUCGAAUGGAGAGGUAAUGCAUGCUGGAGCAACAGAUGGAAGCAGCAAGAAUGCUGAAGUGGUUCCUUCUGAUCCCCAGGUUAUACGGAUGGAAAUUGGUUCUCCAAAUGCUGGACUCCUCUAUAGCCGAUUGGUACCCCUUGUUCUUCUUUUUGUCGAUGGCAGCAAUCCGAUUGAUGUCACUGAUCCUGACUGGCAUUUAUAUCUCUUAAUCCAGAAGAAAGAGGAAAAAGAAGAUCCUUUGUAUCGAAUUGUGGGCUUUACCGCAAUUUAUAAGUUCUAUCGUUAUCCUGACAGGCUGCGGAUGCGACUCAGCCAGAUCUUGGUCUUACCAUCCUUCCAAGGAAAAGGACUCGGAAGCUAUCUUAUGGAGGUAGUAAACAACGUGGCCAUAACAGAAAACGUUUACGAUUUGACAGUUGAGGAGCCAUCUGAAAAGUUCCAACACAUCCGCACUUGCAUAGACAUAAACCGCUUGCGCAGUUUCGAUCCAAUCAAACCAGACAUUGAUUCAGCUGUUCAGACUCUCACAAAAGGAAAGCUAUCAAAGAAAGCUCAGAUACCUCGAUUCACCCCGCCUCUGAACGCCAUUGAGAAAGUCCGCGAAUCUCUGAAGAUCAACAAGAAACAGUUCCUCAAAUGCUGGGAGAUUUUGAUAUACCUUGCUCUUGAUCCUAUUGACAAGUACAUGGAAGAUUACACAUCAGUCAUCACGAACCAUGUGAGAACCGACAUUCUGGGAAAAGAUAUAGAAACUCCAAAGAAACAAGUCGUUGAUGUUCCAAGCUCUUUCGAGCCAGAAGCAUCGUUUGUGGUUUUCAAGUCUGUAAACGGAGAAGAGGCUAAUACCAAUGUUCAAGUUGAUGAAAACAAACCGGAUCAAGAGCAGCAGCUGAAGCAACUUGUUGAGGAAAGGAUUCGUGAGAUCAAGUUGGUUGCUGAGAAAGUCUCCAAGAGUGGUCAAACGCUAAAAGUCUGAUUGGAAUCAAAACUUUGUGAGUCUUUUAUCGGAAGUUUUUUGUUGAAUGAUCAAACUAGAAAUCUCAAACUUUGUUGAUCUUCUGUAAGGAGUAAGGACAAAUCUGUUUGUAGCGCUAUGUUAUGGAAGUUGAGUAAACUAAUGUAGUUCCGGUUAUGAUGUUUGUUGUCACAUCCAGAACCAUAAAUUGGAAUAUUCCGAUUGAAUUUUAGC